AUGUCCAGCAGCGGCGAACUGGAGCCGCUUCUGUCGGAUGCGUUGCGGGUUCGAGGCACCUUGUCGUCUCAGUGGCGAACUGACGAUCCACAAGACUGCAGUGCCAAGCCGCCCAUGGUCCCAGGCUCCGGUAGUCCACCCAAGCACGUUCCAAUCCAUCCUCAAGCUUCGUCCUCGUACUCGACGCUCGGUCUCACAACCCUUGGCGCGCGACACCAGCUCGUGCAAGCCGUUGAGCAGCAGUUGGAACAACAGCGCAAGAGCGGCCAUCGAGGCCUCUGGUUUGGCUUUGUCGACACGCCCAUGUGGCUCCUCUUCCUGUCGGCGUUCAUUCGCCUGGCCGAGUUUGCCUGGCGCGAGCACCGCAUCGGGUCGACGCACGAACAGUCCCAUUUUGGAGACCUGGUCGAAAGCCUGUUUCUGUUCCUCGCCGCUGUGUUCAACGGCAUCCUGAACAUGCUCUUGUAUCGCCGUGAAUCCCGCGAGGUCGCCGAGCGCGUCCAUUACGCCGUCAAAGUGCUCUGCAAAACCACGCCACCGCCCGCCGCCGCCAAUUCUCCCCCUCUCAAACGCGACAGCAUCCUCGCUCCAUCGUCCUGCUGUGUGGCGUGCUACCGCGACCACAAGUGGCAGUCCAUUCCCAUGAACUUACUCGUCCACGGCGACGUGGUCGCGCUUAUGAGCGGCGACGUUUCGCCCGGCCGCGUCCGGCUGCUGCCGCUCGUCCCCCCCUCUCCUCCUGCCCCCGAUCGCCCCUCGCCGCCGUCGUCCGUCACGUACGCCCGAGGCGACAAGAUCCCCACGACCCACGCCCUUCCCCACGACAUGCCUCGCACUAACGCUACGUUUCAGCCCCAAACCAUUCUCAACCUGUGCGGAGACAUGCACGUGUACUUGAUGGAGGAAACCCCCGUGCUGCAGGAUGUGGCCAACUCGAUGGCCAACGUCGAACGCCCCCGCACCGCCGUCCAGACGCUCCAAAUCGGCGGCAAAUCGCUGGCGUCCAUGCUGUGUCUGAUCAUGACUGUCGUGAUCCUCGUCAGCAUUGGCGUCCGCGCGGCCUUGUUGCCCGAGCCUGUGCAUCAUGUGGUCAACCACGUUUGUUUGGCCCUUGUGGACGUGAUUCUGUGCUUUGUGUCACUGCAUACACCGUUUGUGUGGUGCAUGGGCGAAGUGGCGGCGACGUCGCACUUGCUCACGGCGUUUGAAGCGAUUCUCGAGAGCGAAGCCACAACCACCAGUGCGACCAGUGCGACAGCGGACGACAUGGACGUGUACGACGUUGAAGAGCGCGAGCAGUCGCGGCUGCGCAAGACCAAGCGGUCAUUUGCCGUCGAGCGAUCGUGGUACUACUUUUGGAUGACAUUGCAGUUUCGCUUUAUGGAUUGUGCGGAUGCCCAUCGAACGAGAUACCACAACGGCAAGAAAAACAAGCUCAUGAUUCCAUACUCGGGAGUCCGAUUGCUUGAGCGGUUGGGUAGUACAACGAUGCUUUGCUGUUUUGACGACGACGUGCUAUGUGAAGAAGUGCCGUGUGCCGAAGAAAUAUUUCUUCUUAACGAAGACACCAACACGAUCUUGGACUUGCACCCAGAACCCCUCUGCACCACUGGCGAGAAAUUUGAAGACCCAAAGUGGCGAGUGCACCUCCCUAGCUUGAAACCACUGGGGUUAGCUAUCCUCCUCAACGAUUGCGAAGACCCCAAGACAGAGUACAUUGACACGCUGCGGUACUUGAGUAACGACGCGGCUGCGGGGGGGUUCUACGACUCGUAUAGCACCACGUCGCCGCAGCACGAACUGCUCCACUGCGUCCAGCAACUGUCUGGUUAUGUGCGUCUGUUGCCUUAUCCUCGCCAUCUGUUGAAUUUGGCCAAGGCGAUUGGGUUCCGUGUGGACGAUCUGGCCAACUUUCACCGCCGCCAGAGCAUCCAUGUGAUCGCGCCUCGGUUAGCAUACCAAGAGCAUACGAGUGAUCACCACGACCAAGGCCAAGAAGACACGCGAUUUCGUGGCCAUUUGAAAACUCACUUGUAUUCAACGGUUGUGCUGGACAAGCGGUCGCAAGGCCAUCAGUUGCUCAGCCGAGGCCACCCGUCGUUGGCCGUGUCCCAGUGCAGCGAGUACUGGGAUGGCAAGUCCAUUUGCCCUCUGACCAAGGACAAGAGGCGGCUCAUUCUCGACAUGUACCACCAGUGGCGCGUCGAAGACUUAGACUGCGUCGCCCUCACGUACGCCCCCGUAGCUCAAAAGUGCAACGCACUGUUUGGGCCCCAGGACACUGCGUUUACAAAGCUGCCGCCGCUGUUUCUCGUCGAAGAGAGCUCGCCAACGGACGACGACGACGACCACCCGCAACACCGUGGGACCCCCGUCGUGUCGCCGGGCGUCGUGGGGUCGCCCCCAAGCUCGACCGAGGCGCUCAAACCGUCGGCUGCGAUGUCUCCAACAAACUCAGCCAAAGUGCAAACGUCAUCGGCGGCGACAGGCGUUGAAAGACAUACAGACUCGUUGUGGAAGCUGCAAGAAGAUCAGAUCUUUCUGGGGAUGGUGGCGUCGGGCAUCCAGCCCCGCAAGGGUAUGGUCGGGCUCAUCGAAGACGUGACGGCGAGCGGCAUCCGCUUCGUGUACUUUUCCCCACGCAACAUGCGCCGCUCCAAGCUCUUGGCCGAGAAGAUGGGUAUUGAAACCGACUGGAACUGCGCCAUCAGUCUGCGCGACUCGGACGGCCCCGAUCCCCAUCGCAUGACAUCCAACUACUCGGAUUGGGACGUCAAAGCGCGGUUGCCCCAUGGUAUGCUUCCAAUCAAAACCCAUUUCUCAAUGAAAUUCAACAACCAAUCAGAUCGAUUGUGGAUCGGUUAUUUGGUCGGCGCGAUUCGAUCCCCAAAUUUGUAUAUCAAAUCGACUAACUAUACUACUACCAAACUAUCUAUAGUCGUUCUUUUACGCAAAAUAUGGUUGAUUUUUUGCCAAAUCGAUCACUCUUUGUGUGGCUUUUAUAUGUACAGAUCGUCCAGUGGGUCCCAAUUGCCCGUGUUCUCGGAAGUGGACAUGGAGCUAAGCCAAAUGCUCAACACGCUUGCGUGCGCGUUCACAGUGCGCAACUUUACCCACACCCGCGUAUCGCCUAUGGUUGUCGUGGAUUUAAUUCGUCUGGGGCGCCAUAUGCUCACCAACUUUAUUCAGCUCGUGCACUAUAUCUUUGUCAUGCAGUUGUACGUGGCGACGGUCGUGUGUCUAUCGUAUGUGCUGCCGUUCCCAGAGGUGGCGUCGCUGGGGUGCAUGUCCAUCCUGUGGCUGCUGUGGAUCGUCGUGCCGGCGCUGAGCUUGUCGCUGCUGUCGUCGCCGCCGGACCGACACAUCAUGACGCGGACGCCGCGGAAGAACGAAGCGUCCGCGUGGACUGACGAUGCUACCCGGCUGUGCAUGUACUUCCUUGUGCGAUACGUCCCAUCGGCCAUCUUUGUGAACAUUGUUUUCCAAGUGAUUUUCGGCCUGUCGCUGCAGUUUGCCGCCGAAGCCGCGUCGCUGAACCCUUCGCAUGAAUCAUGGUGGUAUUUUGCCAAUAAAGGUCCUCUGCUGUUUGUGCAUCCGCGGCCGCCAGUGAUCAUGGCCGCGCUGGACCGAGCCGAAGCAUUCCUUCUCCUGGCCAUGGGCUGGUUUUGCAUAUUUAGCAGCAUUAGCCACUGCUACCGGUCGUACAGCAUCUUUUCCGAGUCGCCAUUUCGCAAUCAUCCGUGGAUGUUAACGUGUGUCGUGUGCGUGGUGCUGCAGAUUGGCGUGAGCGUGUGGCGCGCCGGGGGGCUCGUGGGCGGGGACGGACUCGCCCUCGAUGCGUUUGUGAGGUUUAUUCCGGGGUACGUUUGGCUGGCGCUGGGUGUGUGGCCAAUUCUGGUGGUGCUGGUGGACGAACUUGCCAAGCAACACGACCACCGGCUGCUCAUUCGGUACUACAAGUUCCUCCGCAUGCAAUUUGACACGCGACUGGGCAUGUGGAGUCCCAAGUAG